AUGUCAAAAUAAGAAGAAAUUUAGCAAUAACCUCAAAUUAAGCCAAGUCCAGAUUGUAUUGAAUACAAACUCAAUUUUUAUCACCUUCAUGGUAUAUAAAAUUGCCCUUUUUGCAAUAAACCUUAAACUUAAUCAAUACCAAAAGAGCUUACUAAUGAAGAUAUUGAAAAAUAUUAAAAUGAAGUCUUACAAAAGUAAAAAGAUGUAUUACAUUAUUUUAAUUAAUAGCUAUUAAUUGAUAUUGAUCCUGAAGAUCCAGAUUAAAUGAUGGAUUUAUAUGAAAAAUAUAGAGGUUGUCCUUGUUGUAAAGGAUUUGUGUUGAAUUGUGAAGGGGUCAUAUGCGAACAAUUAGGUUUGUGCUAUUGCAUUUAAAAAGACUUGUAAGAUCGUUAAAAUUGAUUUAAAAAAUCAAAAAAAUAAUAUUCAUUAACUCAUC